AACAGCGUUGUUUUUUGAAUGUUUUGCACUCAGCCAGAGGAAGUCUGGCGCAUCCGAGCCGGCCAGCCGAGCACAUCUGGAAGUGGUUUCUGGGGCCGCCCCUCUCUGCCAGCGCAACUCCUGGGUUCCCAGCGGCUUCGCGCAGAGGUGGAAGAAACCCGAGACGCUCCAAAGUCAACGCAAGCAAAGGGGAGUGCGGGUCGGGGACGAAUAUUCUUUUGGAAACGUAAUAUUGGCCUUGGGGCUCUCCAGCCCUUUGGGACUUCCAAUGGGAUCUUAGAAGCAGCCGAAGCAGCGUCAGGGCAGCAGCCCAGGGCCAGCCACGAUUUGAACGCUCUGCCUUGCAGCUCUUCUGGACCGAGGAGCCCAAAGCCCUACCCUCACCAUUCACCAGGUCCUGUGGGAAGAACAGCGUGGAGGUGGGCUGAGGUUAGAAGGUGCAGAGAGUGGAAGAAGGUUGUGAGCUGAGUAUUGGACAUCUGUUCUUGAAUAGUCCCUGGGCCUGCCAUAGGAAAGGAAGUUCUCCAGGGUUACGGUUCUUAUCUGCGUGAAUACACAUGGCUCUGUUACGAAAAAUUAAUCAGGUGCUGCUGUUCCUUCUGAUCGUGACCCUCUGUGUGAUUCUGUAUAAGAAAGUUCAUAAGGGGACUGUGCCCAAGAAUGACGCAGAUGAUGAAUCCGAGACUCCUGAAGAACUGGAAGAAGAGAUUCCUGUGGUGAUUUGUGCUGCAGCAGGAAGGAUGGGUGCCACUAUGGCUGCCAUCAAUAGCAUCUACAGCAACACUGACGCCAACAUCUUGUUUUAUGUAGUGGGACUCCGGAAUACUCUGACUCGAAUACGAAAAUGGAUUGAACAUUCCAAACUGAGAGAAAUAAACUUCAAAAUCGUGGAAUUCAACCCGGUGGUCCUCAAAGGGAAGAUCAGACCAGACUCAUCAAGGCCUGAAUUGCUCCAGCCCCUGAACUUUGUUCGAUUUUAUCUCCCUCUACUUAUCCACCAACACGAGAAAGUCAUCUAUUUGGACGAUGAUGUAAUUGUACAAGGUGAUAUCCAAGAACUGUAUGACACCACCUUGGCCCUGGGCCACGCAGCGGCUUUUUCAGAUGACUGCGAUUUGCCCUCUGCUCAGGACAUAAACAGACUCGUGGGACUUCAGAAUACAUAUAUGGGCUAUCUGGACUACCGGAAGAAGGCCAUCAAAGACCUUGGCAUCAGCCCCAGCACCUGCUCUUUCAAUCCUGGUGUGAUUGUUGCCAACAUGACAGAAUGGAAGCACCAGCGCAUCACCAAGCAAUUGGAGAAAUGGAUGCAAAAGAAUGUGGAGGAAAACCUCUAUAGCAGCUCCCUGGGAGGAGGCGUGGCCACCUCCCCAAUGCUGAUUGUGUUUCAUGGGAAAUACUCCACAAUUAACCCCCUGUGGCACAUAAGGCACCUGGGCUGGAAUCCAGAUGCCAGAUAUUCGGAGCAUUUUCUGCAGGAAGCUAAAUUACUCCACUGGAAUGGAAGACAUAAACCUUGGGACUUCCCUAGUGUUCACAACGACUUAUGGGAAAGCUGGUUUGUUCCUGACCCUGCAGGGAUAUUUAAACUCAAUCACCAUAGCUGAUAUAACUCUACCCUUAAAAUAUUCCCUGUAUAGAAAUGUGGAAUUGUCCCUUUGUAGCCAACUAUAACAUUGUUCUUUAUGAACAUUACCUUUGAUACAUAUGAUCCACAAUAUAAAAACCAAAAACUACUGUGUGCAAAUUAUACCUUGGACCAUAAAGGCAUUGAUUAACUUCUUUAAGUACAUGUGAUAACUAUGGAAAUCAAGAAUAUGUGAUUGAAAAACAUAAAGGAAGAGACCCAUCUAGAUAUCAGCAAUCAAUCUGCUUAAUUCUGAAUCACAAUUAUAUCUACAAAUUUUUAAAACUUCUAAAUGUAUUUUUCACAUGUAGAUCUUUUUAACAGGUUGCCAAUCUUUUCUAAAACUAUUACAUUUAAAAUAUGGACGUCUGAAAAAUAAAAUUUUCAUCAUUUUUAUGA